CAAAGUUUACUGUUUAAGGUAGUCGAUAAAAGUAAAAAAGACAGUGAGACGUCUUUAUCACCAGUCGAUUUUGCGAAUGUCCCAAAGCGAGAAAUCGAUUUGAAAAGUUUGGGUAUAAAUGUUAAGCCGGAUCCGACAUUGGGGAAUAAAAUUGAAGGCGAUAUAGCUGUGGAUGCUUUUAGUAGUCGAUUUCGAAGAGGAGCGGUACGACAAUCAUUUCGGCGUUGGCCUGACGGCGAAAUACCAUAUGCUAUAAGUACACAGUACGGACCUUAUUCUCGAUCAAUUAUAGCUAAUGCUAUGCAAGAAUAUCACAAAAAAACUUGCCUCAGAUUUGUACCUCGAGAUCCACUGCGGCAUCGAAAUUAUAUUUAUAUAUAUCCAGAUGAUGGUUGUUAUUCUUUAGUUGGAAAGAGUGGUGGUCGUCAACCUUUAUCGCUCGAUUCUGGAUGUAUUCAGACUGGUACCAUUGUGCACGAAUUAAUGCACGUUACUGGAUUUUUUCAUGAACAGUCCAGAUCUGAUCGAGAUAAAUAUAUCUCUAUAAUAUGGGAAAAUAUAAUGGAAGGAGCCGAAGAUCAGUUCGAAAAAUAUGGAACGAAUGUUGUGGAUCUAUUAGGUGAAGAUUAUGAUUAUUCGUCCAUAAUGCAUUAUGGACCUUAUGCAUUUACUGGCAAUGGCAGACGGACAAUCGUCGCUCUUAAACCAGGUUCCGGUGAUAUGGGUCAACGAAGGGGUUUUUCAACCCUCGACAUGAAAAAACUCAAUAAACUAUAUUCGUGUUCCGAUAAAACUCCAUCGAUUACAACUACCGCAAAACCAACAGAAAAAUGUGAAGAUACUCAUUGGCGCUGUGUAUUUUGGUCAAUGUCGAUAUUUAGUUAUUGUGAACGAUCGAAACAAAUUGCUCAAGUCGAGUGCAGAAAAUCAUGCGGGAAUUGCGAUUCAAAACUUGUUGAAAUAGAAGAAAAUAAAACUAAUGGUUUUUUAUUUGUCCGAUAUUUUAUUAUUAUAUUUUAUAUUUUAUAUUUUAUUAUUAAUAAAAUAGAUUCAUUACCUUAG